AUUCGAAUACGCACAAAAAGGGAAACAUCAACCGAAUUGAAUGUAUUGGCAUGUAAUGCUAAAUCAAAUUUAAAUACAAGAAUUAAAGACCAUGAAAACUUGAAAAAGCUACGAGAUGAAAUUCAAACAGGAAUAGUUCAUCAAGACUGGCUCCAUGAUGUAGCUAAUGUUAUUACUGACACGCAGUACAAUGCACUCAAAAACGAGUCGUCUUUAAUUAGAUGGUUAAAAGUUGAAUCAUUAACACAACAAGUCACUAUACAACAAAACUUUAGGGAAAAUAUUUACGAUGAAGAUGAUUUUGAUUAUUUCGAUGACGAGGAAAAUUGGUAUGAUGAUCUAAGUGUUGAUUAUGACGAAGAGGGAACACAGACAAUGGAAAAACUUCUACUGAUACAUUUUGACUUCGAUAAACUGAAAAUGAUAAUUUCUUCAAAUAUUGUAUUUAGCAAAGAGAAAACGCAAUGCAAGCAAUGGUUUUGGGAUCGAUACAAUGAGAACGAAAAAUAUUUUCUCAUUAAACAAAUAGAAGAGAAACUCUGUUGUACACAAGCAAUGUCAGUUGAGGAAGCAUGUUCUGUGUCAAAUAUAUGGUGUAUCAAUAAUCCAAAAAAAUGGCAGUUGUAUAAAUACUGGAUUGAACAGUCUCUCAUUCCCAUCAACAAAGAAAUAAAACAUUGUGAGGAAAGCUACCAAAUAUCCCAAGGACGUUAUGAGGAGAUUCAACAUAUAGCUGAUAUUAAAAUAUUGAAGAGAGCAAAACUUGUAGCAUGUACAAUAACUAGAGCGGCAAGAGAUAUAGAAUUACUCAAAGGCGUUUUUCCAAGCAUUGUUCUCAUUGAAGAAGCUGCUGAAAUCCCAGAACAUCACGUAGUGGCAUGUUUGACAUCUUCAUGCCAGCAACUUAUUAUGAUUGGCGACCACCAACAAUUGCGUCCGUCUUACAACGAUUAUAAAACUGCACGAGAGCAUAAAAUAAAUAUAUCCCUUUUUGAAAGACUUAUUAGUGGACGUGUUCCUUAUACCCGAUUAGAAUAUCAACAUAGAAUGAGACCAACGAUAUCCAAGCUUUUAGUGCCUCACAUUUAUCGUACUUUGCAAGACGACCAAAGUGUGUUUGAAUAUGAAAACGUUAAAGGAAUUCACUGUAAUGUCUUCUUUUUAUCGCAUUUUGAGUUUGAAGACCAGGAGCAUGAAGAACUUUCAAGAAGUCACAAGAACGAGUUCGAAGCAAUGUUCAUUUGUAAAUUGUACAGAUAUCUCAGAAUGCAAGGAUAUCCUUCUUCUAAAAUAACUGUACUGUCAACAUACUCAGAUCAGGUUCGGCUACUUUGCAACAUGAUCAAGAUUGAAGACAAAAACAUUUCAAGAAAGGAUGAGGUCGUUAAUUGUCCAGGAAUUCUAAGUCGGGACGACGAACCAUCCGUAAGAAUUACAACAGUAGAUAAUUUUCAAGGAGAAGAAAAUGAUAUAAUAUUAUUAUCGCUUGUAAGACGUAAUAUGGAAAACGAAAUAGGCUAUUUAUCCGAGGCAAAUAGAGUUUGCGUUGCUCUAUCAAGGGCAAAAAUAGGACUUUAUGUGGUAGGCAAUUUUGAACUUUUAAGAUCGAGAUCAGAACUGUGGAAAAACAUUGUCAAUGAUGCUGAAAAAAGACAAUCUUUUGGCUCCAAGCUAAUUUUAACUUGUCAAAAACACAAGAAUUCAACAUAUGUUUCUAAGCCAGACGACUUUGAUUUAGUUACAGAUGGCGGAUGUCAAAAACCUUGCGAAAUCAAGAGACAAUGUGGGCACUUCUGUUUAAGAAAAUGUCAUGUUGAUGAUCCAGAUCACGAAGGCAUGUGUCCAAAACAAUGCCACAGACAAGUAUGCGAAAUGGGACAUUAGGUGCAUAAAACCAUGCCAUUAUCCAAACUCGUGUGAGAAAUGUAAUGAAAUCGUAGAAAAAACAAUUCCAAAAUGUCAACAUAGAAAACGUAUGCCUUGUCAUAAAGAUCCACAGUCUGCAUCAUGCGAUGAACAAUGCCAAGUUAUCAUACCAUGUGGCCAUCGUUGUAAGAAACAUUGUACAGAUCCUUGUAAUACCGAAGAUGACUGCAAGCAAUUGAUAAA